CCCCCAGUACACCCGCCUCCUGCCUCCCAGCUGCUUGACGUCAGGAGCUGUCCAUAGGCCUUGUGCUGAAACAAAAUGGCUGGCUGCUAGAGACCAGAGUGAGGAGCAGCCCACACAGAGGCAGAUGGAGCAGUAUGCAAUUUUCUAGCAAGCACACACCCUUUCCCAAGCAGGCACCCAGCUAGCAGCUAACUCUGAAGUCCCCUGGAGCCGCUGAGGUAGCAGACAAGAGGACGUAACAUGUCUUUGCUCUGCGUUGGAGUUAAAAAAGCCAAGUUUGACGGGGCCCAAGAGAAGUUCAACACCUACGUGACGCUGAAGGUGCAGAAUGUCAAGAGCACGACCAUCGCGGUGCGGGGCAACCUGCCCUGCUGGGAGCAGGACUUCAUGUUUGAGAUUAACCGGCUGGACCUGGGGCUGACGGUGGAGGUGUGGAACAAGGGACUGAUCUGGGACACCAUGGUGGGGACGGUGUGGAUCCCCCUGCAGACCAUCCGGCAGUCCAACGAGGAGGGGCCCGGGGAAUGGCUCACCCUCGACUCCCAGGUCAUCAUGACCGACAACGAGAUCUCUGGCACCAAGGACCCCACCUUCCACCGCAUCCUGCUGGACACCCGCUUCGAGUUACCGCUCGACAUCCCCGAGGAGGAGGCCAGGUACUGGGCGAAGAAGCUGGAGCAGCUGAAUGCUAUGAAGGAUCAGGACGAUUACGAGUUCCAGGAGGAGCAGGACAAACCGCUCCCCGUGCCCGGCUCCCAGUGCUGCAACUGGAAUUAUUUUGGCUGGGGAGAGCAGCAGAAUGACGACCCCGACAGCACCAUGGACGACCGGGACAGCGAUUACCGAAGCGAGACCAGUAAUAGCAUCCCGCCUCCGUACUACACCACGUCCCAGCCCAACGCCUCGGUCCACCAGUAUCCCAUGAGGCACCAGCAGCAGAGCUCCCGCGACUCGUACACGGACUCCGUGCAGAGCUACGAGAUGGACUACUCGGAUCAGCGGCCCAUCAGACGCUCCGAUAGCGUCGAUUCUGCCACAAACGGGCGCAGCGACGCUGAGUCCGCCUCCGAGUCGAGCAGGCGGACCAGCCGCCAGUUCUCCCUUGAGAGCAGGCGAUCCCUAGACCUAUCGGAUAGCCCCACCGGGAGCAGCCGCUACGCCUCGUCCGGGGAGCUGAGCCAGGGCAGCUCCCAGCUGAGCGACGACUUCGACCCCGACAACGAGAGCCUGCGGGGCUCGGAGCUGGACGAGCGGGACGGGGACUCCUACCACUCCUGCCACAGCUCCGUCAGCUACCACGACGACUCGCCCCGCUGGGAGGAGGACUUCUACCCCGAGGAGGAGGACGAGGACUACAGCGAGAACGAGCAGGACUACCCCAAGGUGGAGGCCGAGGUGCCGCGGGACCGGGAGGCGGACAAGGCCAAGCCCCCGGAACGCGAGCCCUACCCGCAGCCGCCGGCGAAGCAGCAAGUGCCCCUGCCGCAGGCGCAGCAGGUGCCAGCACUGAAGCAGCAGCAGGAGAGGAAGGAAGAGAAGGCGGCUUAUGUCCCCCAGGAAACUCCAGAGAUCCCCCAGGAAAAGCCAGCAGCGGAGGAGCCCCCAGUCCCAGAGAGAGCGCCGGAGCCCCCAAAGCCAGCGGAGGGUUACAGAGAGCGGGAGGACGUGGAAGUCCAGGACGCCAAGUCCCGAGCCAAGGCCAACUGGCUAAAAGCAUUCAACAAGGUUUGCAUGCAGCUGCAAGAGGCUCGGGGAGAAGGAUCUGGCGAGGCGAAGUCGCUGUGGUUUAAAGGCGGGCCUGGCGGCGGUCUGAUCAUUAUUGACAGCAUGCCCGACAUACGCAAGAGAAAGCCAAUCCCCCUAGUUAGCGAUUUGGCUAUGUCGCUGGUCCAGUCCAGGAAAGCCGGGAUCACGUCAGCACUAGCAUCAAGCACCUUAAACAAUGAAGAGCUAAAAAACCAUGUUUACAAGAAGACCCUUCAAGCCUUAAUCUACCCCAUCUCCUCCACGACCCCCCACAACUUCGAGGUGUGGACCGCCACCACCCCCACGUACUGCUACGAGUGCGAGGGGCUGCUGUGGGGCAUCGCCCGGCAGGGCAUGCGCUGCACGGAGUGCGGGGUGAAGUGCCAUGAGAAGUGCCAAGACCUGCUGAACGCAGACUGCCUGCAGAGAGCGGCCGAGAAGAGCUCCAAGCACGGGGCCGAGGACCGGACCCAGAACAUCAUCAUGGUGCUGAAGGACCGCAUGAAGAUCCGGGAGCGGAACAAGCCGGAGAUCUUCGAGCUGAUCCAAGAGAUCUUUGCCGUCUCCAAAGCCACCCACACCCAGCAGAUGAAGGCCGUGAAGCAGAGCGUGCUGGAUGGCACCUCCAAGUGGUCGGCCAAGAUCAGCAUCACAGUUGUCUGUGCCCAGGGCCUGCAGGCAAAGGAUAAGACGGGCUCCAGUGACCCGUAUGUUACUGUCCAGGUUGGAAAGACGAAAAAAAGGACUAAAACGAUCUAUGGAAAUCUAAAUCCGGUCUGGGAGGAGAAUUUCCAUUUCGAAUGCCAUAACUCCUCCGAUCGGAUCAAGGUGCGGGUCUGGGACGAGGACGACGAUAUCAAGUCCCGCGUCAAGCAGCGCUUUAAGAGAGAAUCCGACGACUUUCUGGGCCAGACGAUCAUAGAGGUCCGGACGCUGAGCGGGGAGAUGGAUGUCUGGUACAACCUAGACAAGCGGACGGACAAGUCGGCCGUGUCCGGAGCCAUCCGGCUGCACAUCAGCGUGGAGAUAAAGGGAGAGGAGAAGGUGGCCCCGUACCAUGUGCAGUACACCUGCCUGCACGAGAACCUCUUCCACUUCGUGACGGACAUACAGAACAACGGGGUGGUGAAGAUCCCCGAGGCCAAGGGGGACGACGCCUGGAAGGUGUACUUCGACGAGACGGCUCAGGAGAUCGUGGACGAGUUCGCCAUGAGAUACGGGGUGGAGUCCAUCUACCAGGCCAUGACCCACUUUGCCUGCCUGUCCUCCAAAUACAUGUGUCCCGGAGUCCCGGCCGUGAUGAGCACCCUUCUAGCCAACAUCAACGCAUACUAUGCCCACACCACUGCCUCCACCAACGUGUCUGCCUCAGACCGCUUUGCUGCUUCCAAUUUCGGGAAAGAACGUUUCGUCAAGCUGCUGGACCAGCUGCACAACUCGCUCCGGAUUGACCUGUCCAUGUACCGGAACAACUUCCCUGCCAGCAGCCCGGAGAGGCUGCAGGAUCUCAAGUCGACGGUGGAUCUGUUAACUAGCAUCACCUUCUUCCGAAUGAAGGUGCAGGAGCUGCAGAGCCCGCCCCGGGCCAGCCAGGUGGUGAAGGACUGUGUGAAAGCCUGCCUCAACUCCACCUACGAGUACAUCUUCAACAACUGCCAUGAGCUGUACAGCCGCGAGUACCAGACCGACCCGACCAAGAAAGGCGAGGUCCCCCCCGAGGAGCAAGGGCCCAGCAUCAAGAACCUGGAUUUCUGGUCCAAACUCAUCACGCUGAUUGUUUCGAUUAUUGAAGAGGAUAAGAACUCGUACACGCCGUGCCUGAACCAGUUCCCCCAGGAGCUGAACGUGGGUAAGAUCAGCGCCGAGGUGAUGUGGAACCUCUUUGCUCAGGACAUGAAAUAUGCAAUGGAAGAGCAUGACAAGCAUCGCCUGUGUAAAAGUGCUGACUACAUGAACCUGCACUUCAAAGUGAAAUGGCUUUAUAACGAGUAUGUGACCGAGCUCCCUGCCUUCAAGAGCCGCGUCCCCGAAUACCCCGCCUGGUUUGAGCCUUUCGUUAUCCAGUGGCUGGAUGAAAAUGAGGAGGUGUCCCGGGAUUUCCUGCAUGGAGCGCUGGAGCGGGACAAGAAGGACGGGUUCCAGCAAACCUCUGAGCACGCGCUCUUCUCCUGCUCCGUGGUGGACGUCUUCUCCCAGCUGAACCAGAGCUUUGAGAUCAUCAAGAAGCUGGAGUGCCCCGACCCGCAGAUCGUCGGGCACUACAUGCGGAGGUUUGCCAAGACCAUCAGCAACGUGCUGCUGCAGUACGCCGAGAUCAUCUCCAAGGAUUUCGCUUUGUACUGCUCCAAGGAGAAGGAGAAAGUGCCCUGUAUCCUGAUGAACAACAUCCAGCAGCUCCGUGUCCAGUUGGAGAAGAUGUUUGAAGCCAUGGGGGGGAAGGAGCUGGACGCCGAGGCCAGCGACAUCCUGAAGGAGCUGCAGGUGAAGCUCAACAACGUCCUGGAUGAGCUCAGCAGAGUUUUUGCCACCAGUUUCCAGCCUCACAUUGAGGAGUGCGUGAAGCAGAUGGGCGACAUCCUGAGCCAGGUGAAGGGCACCGGGAACGUCCCCGCCAGCGCCUGCAGCAGCGUCGCUCAGGACGCCGACAACGUCCUUCAGCCCAUCAUGGACCUUCUGGACAGCAACCUGACUCUCUUCGCCAAGAUCUGCGAGAAGACGGUGCUGAAGCGGGUGCUGAAGGAGCUCUGGAAGCUGGUGAUGAACACCAUGGAGAAGACCAUCGUCCUCCCGCCGCUCACCGACCAGACGAUGAUUGGGACGCUCUUGAGAAAACACGGCAAGGGGACAGAGAAGAGCAGGGUGAAGCUGCCCAGUCACACGGAUGGCACCCAGAUGAUCUUCAAUGCGGCCAAGGAGCUGGGGCAGCUGUCCAAACUGAAGGACCACAUGGUGCGUGAGGAGGCGAAGAGCCUGACCCCCAAGCAGUGCGCCGUGGUGGAGCUGGCCCUGGACACCAUCAAGCAAUAUUUCCAUGCGGGAGGAGUGGGGCUGAAGAAAACCUUCCUGGAGAAGAGCCCCGACCUGCAGUCGCUGCGUUACGCCCUGUCUCUCUACACGCAGGCCACCGACCUGCUCAUCAAAACCUUCGUGCAGACUCAGUCGUCUCAGGGAGCUGGCGUGGAUGACCCGGUCGGGGAGGUGUCGAUCCACGUGGAGCUCUUCACUCACCCUGGCACCGGGGAACACAAGGUCACUGUCAAAGUCGCGGCUGCUAAUGACCUCAAGUGGCAGACGUCAGGCAUCUUCCGGCCCUUCAUCGAGGUCAACAUCAUCGGGCCUCAUCUCAGCGACAAGAAGAGGAAAUUUGCCACCAAGUCCAAGAACAACAGCUGGGCCCCCAAAUACAAUGAAAGCUUCCAGUUCACCCUGAGCAGUGAGACGGGCCCCGAGUGCUACGAGGUGCAGGUGUGCGUCAAGGACUACUGCUUCGCCCGGGAGGACCGCACGGUGGGGAUCGCCGUGCUGCAGCUCAAGGACAUCGUGCAUCGGGGCAGCUGCGCCUGCUGGCUGCCCCUGGGCCGGCGCAUCCACAUGGACGACACGGGCCUCACCGUCCUGCGCAUCCUCUCGCAGCGCAACAACGACGAGGUGGCCAAGGAGUUCGUGAAGCUCAAGUCAGACACGCGCUCGGCCGAGGAAGGCAGCAGUUAAAGGCCUGAGCAGGUGUAGAACAUCCCUAGCACCACCCCCCGUCCUGCCCCUUUUCUACAGCAUCCUCCAGCCACGUAAAAGCCAUACAGGUCAUCCACAGCCCCUACACCGGGUAGGGAAGGGAGCCCCGCCCCGCCGGGAAGCCCUUGCCACAAGCAGGCGCCUGCUUCCCAGUGCCAAGGAUCGAAGCAGGCGCUCUGUGCCCCUCCCUGCAUCCCUGGGCUGCAGCUCAAGGGCACUGCCCCGGCUGCGAUGGGGCAGGGAAGAUGCAGCCCCCAGGGAGCACAAGCUGCCCUCACUGCUGGCAGGGGUGGCCUUAGCGCCUCUUCCCGAACCUGUUUCUGUCACGACAGAUGCUGGGCGAGGCAGAAGCUGAGGCCUGGAGGUGACCGUGAGGCAGGAGCAUUUGAACAAACGUGAGCCACCCUAGGCUAGAUCUCAGCCCAUCCAGCCUCCCUCCACUCGUCCCUGAGCUCCAGGAAAAUCACCCCUAGCUGGUAGCAGUAUAGGGGAUAUGCCACAUUGUUGAGUAGGUUGAUUCCUUCCAGCAGGAGGCAGCAUCACAUGUCCAAACUGCCCUGUGCUCAUGGCAACCUCAUUCGGCAAUAGAGAUGAGCCAGGCAGCAAUGGGCACAGGGAGGUUGAGACGGGGCCUUGGGUUCUCCUCCAGGGCUCCCGUCAAGGAGCGUGGCUGCUAAGGACAUACCCGGGCCAGCGUCAGCCUGCAGUGGCUGGCGGCUCUGGGAGUCCGCUGCCCCUCACGCUAUAGCUUGCCACAAGCUGUCAGCAAUAGCCAAGCCUGUGGCGUAGCCCCCAGGGCCUUGCACUCCUGAGCAGGUGGCUCAGAGCAGCUUAGCCUGAGGCCAGGCAGCAGGGCUGGGGCCGAUCUUGUCCACCCAGGCCAGCGGCAGGAGGGUGCUAGCAGGAAAGCGGGGCAGGGGAGAGGUGACCCUGCCACAGGGCUGCACACACGUGGGGCAUCGCACUAAAGAACCAGGAUCCCAGCUCUAACCUCCCUCCCCGGUGGGCUCGGAGACAGCAGCUGGGAAGAGGCAGCGCCUUGCGCUGGUAGGAACUGAUCCCGCUCCCGGUUAUAAAUAGGAUCCUGCCGUGCAGCCGCAGAGCCGGCCUCCCUCCCAGGCAGCGCCUGCACUGGGACAGGGAUGUGCAAACCCCAUCUCCCCCCCCCUCCCCGCAGGCGGCCCUUCCUGGGGGGCUGAAGUAGGGUAGCCUCCCGGGGAGAGAAGGAGCAGCAAAGUGGGGGGCUGGUGCCUAGUGAGGCCUCAGGGUCAGGGGCCUGUCCUUGCCUUCCUGCGUGGGGAAGCAGGUGAGUGAAUGAACGCCGGGUGCCGGCCGGUGGAGGCGAGCAGGAGUGACAAUGGUGCUGCAGCCUGGGUGCAAGGGAGGGCGCUGCAGCAGGUGGGACAAGGGGACGCACCUGAGGAGGUUGGGUCGCUUUACAGGAUAAAAGGCAAAACAUUUCUGCCCGCCCCAGCCCUGCUUCCAGCGAGGAGAGCGUCACGGGCCCAUGAGUCCUGCCUGGGCCUCGUGCUGAGUGUCCGGCGGGGCAGGUGCUCCCAGCGGGUAGGCGGCGGGACUCCCACACUGGCCCAGGGCACUUGAAAAGCAGUGGGGCAAAGCUCCCUGCCCCCUGCCCCUGCUGGCGCUGCACGUAGCGCCCUCAACCCUUCGCUGCCCCCCACCUGGGGGAGCUCCCGCCACCCCCGGCCUGGCUGCAGGGGCGAUUGGCGUUCAGCAGCAGGGCCUGUUCCCCAGUGACACUCUGAGAGCAUGGGGGGGGCUUGAUCCCAGCUGUGCCAAGAGCCCCCACAUCCGCUGUGCAUGGCUGGCCGAGCCAUGGCCCUGUGCUGCCAGCCGGAGUGAAAACCCCUCCUCUACCCAGGAGAGUGCCAACGCCGUCGCUUUCCUGCAGGGACCACACCUCCCUCGUCCAUGCCUUGUAGAUGGAAACCUAGACCCCAUCCCUUCCCAGCAGCCAGGAACCCGGGUACCUCGUGGGACCCCAUCCCCACCUGCAGUGCAGCUGCCAGCCCUUCCCACCCCCAGGGACACCGCUGGCCAGGGGGGUCAGCCGCGCUUCACCCACUGUGCCGGGGAAGGGGCACAGCAGUGGGGGCCGGGCCAGGGGCAGCACUACCUGAUUUAGCAGACCCGAGUGCAUGGGCCCCAUAGGCCAGGGUGGGCUCCGCUGGUUCCGAAAGCCAGACUCUGCCACAGUCCCAGCGGAGAGCCCUGGGGAAAGGGGGUGCUCUGCGCUCAGAUGAUUUCAGGCCCCAGACCGGGCCUGCAGCCACCACGCCCCUGCCACAGCAAGCCGAGAGCCUGGCCCGGCUCCAGGAAGGCUGGAUCCUGUAGGCAGAACAGCCUCACAUCAGGCCAGAUGCAGAGCUAACCCGGUGCCAACCUCCAGCAUCUCUUAUGCUCACUCCCAGCAGCCCCAGUGACUCAGCCCCGCCCGGGCCCUGCUUACGCAGUGACGGCUCUGGCCACGUGCAGGAGCCGUGCCCCAGCACCCGCUGACGAGGGGCCGAGUGACAGGAGGCUUCCCCCCCGCCCCAGGGCCUGAUUCAGCCCAGGCACUGCGGGGCCCAUGCGGUGCAGCUAGGCCCAGGUAGAGAGAUAACAGCCUCUCGGCCCUGGCCGUGGCAUGCAACCUCCUACCUCCCCGCAGGCAGAAACAGGGGCACAACAGCCUCCACCCACAGGCCCCAGCGCCCCCCUCCCGGCCCCACUAGGUACCAGCCUUGGCAGCCGGCCGGCUGUGGUUUGAGUUGCACCAGGGAGCUGUGCCCGGGGAGAGGGGGCGGGACGGCCUGGCCCCCGCAGACAGCUCUGUAAAUAUGUAAAUAGCUGUAAAUACAGACGGUUUGUCCAUGUUCUUUACCCGACUGCAACUGCUCUGAAGGGCUAUCGCGUCAGACCGCGGCCACGCGGCGCAGGGGAAGCCUUUGUAACCCCGGGCCCUGCUCGCUUGCCUCCCAUGGCAAAGGCACAGCCUGGCCCCAGCCCCCUCCCCUUAGAGAGGAACCCCAAACCCAGGCAGCUGCCCCUGACCCUAAACCCCCACCAGCCCUACCCCCAAGGAAACACACCUAACCCCCAUCCUCCCCCCACAGCUGGGUUUAGACAUUCCCCCACCCCCCAGUCCCUGGCACAGCUCUGGGACAGCUGGGCUGCUGCAGGGUUGUAUCCCGGCCAGGCAGGAGCUCAGGUUUCCCAGGCUGGCGGGGCAGGGCCAGGCACUGCCAGCGGGGCUCCCCGUGCAGCCUGGGACCGGCACUGAAGGGGGGAGAGAGGGGAGCUUGACCCAGUUCACAAGCCAUGAGGGGCCCCUCUGUCCUGUCACAGGCCUCUGAGUACUUCAGUCCCACAGCCGAAGACAUCGAACCUGCUCCAAUCCUGCCCCAGCCCCCCAUUGAAUCCAGCCCCCUACACACCCCUCACGUGGGGCACAGGGGGGCAGAGUGUCCACCCCCCCCCAGCAGAAUUCAUAGGGCAGACGCCGCCUCCCUCUACCCCCUGCUGGUUUCUAAAGGUUGGGGGUAACGACACCCUGGGCCCCCCAGCAGCACCAGGCAGGGCUGGAGCGUGCACAGGCCCCUGGCUCAGGAACGGGGGGGCGGGGGGUGAGCCCCAGAGCCUCAUUUCACACCUGGGGUUACGCAGCCCGGGGAGGGGGAAGGAGCCCGGGGAGGUGGAGAACGUGGAUGAAGAACAGCUGCCAGGUGAUUUCCCCAGCCCCCCGGCUCGUACAGGUGCAUUCAACUAAGCCACAGCUUAAACCCACCCCCACCCCAUUGCAGUAGGGCCGGGCCCUGCCCCCUCGGCAGAGCGAGAUUCACGCCAGCAGGCCCCUGCUCUAGGAGCACAGGACAAUUUCCAGCGGGGACAGAGGCCUCACUGGGGCCUUUAAACAGCCAAGCUCCAUGGAGCAGCAGGGCCCUACAGAGCGUCAGGCCCUGCCCAGCAGAGAGCAGGGCAAAGGGGGUGGGGAGAGGGCAGGGAGCCUGGGGGAGCUGGCAGGGCCAGGCCGGCAACUGCCCUGUGCCCAGGGGAGGGAGCCCUGUUCCCUAACAGCACAGCCCGGCUGUGCCUCGCAGACCAUGCGGCCCAGGGCUGGGCACAGCGUGUGGCCAUGGCAGGAGCCACCCUCCAGCCCGUGCUGAGAGGUGGGGAAGGGCAGCUGCAGGGAGGUGGCUCCAGCCCCAGGUAGAAAGGGAGGCCGGGGCCCUGGAAGCAGUUGAAGGCCGGGAGCCCUAGGCUCCUUUCCCCACACAAGGCGGGGGGAGGGGUAGUGGCCUAGCCCCAUACAGCAGCCUGAGCUCAUGCCAAGGGGCCAAUAUGCAAGCAAGGAGAACCCACCUGUGUGGGGGCAGGAACAGAGAUUGACAAGGGGCUGGCUCUGGCCCUGGGGAGCACUGGAGGUGCUGCUGCAGGGAGCUAUGCAAAGAAACUCAGUGUUCUGGAGCAGGGUUAAGGGGGUGAAGAGCCCCAAGCACUGGGGGGUAAAUGUCCCUUUGGGUUUAUUCAACCCUGGCUGAUAUCAGAGCGGAUGUUCUUCUCCCUGGGAACGUCCAGGCGGGUUAGGGAUGCUGACCCUGCACAGCUCCUGGCUCCACGCUCCUGGCCAUGGGCCUGCAAUGCCCUUGCCCAGACAGGGCGACCAGACCUCAGCCUCUGCCCUGCGCCCUCAGCCAGUCCUUUUUGUAGUACUUGCCUGGGACCAAAGUGGGAGCUGCUCACACCUGGUUCAGUUCAAUGUUUACACCCCUUUUCCAGCUGCUGCAGCGCGUAGCAACGCAGCCUCCCCCCCUGCCACCCAAAGGGCUGUAAGACAGCAGCCCUGGUGGCUCCCCUCUGCACAGACUGACCUCAUCCCCGCCUGCAGCACGGGUGGCUAGGCCCCCGCUGAGCCCUAUGGCUACUGGAACACAAGACCCGUUCCCCGGCUCCCUCUCCGACACGCCCCUUCGAGAACUUCCGGUCGGCAUGUGAUUGAAACUAAAACAACCGUAACUUCUGCUCCUGUAGCACCUCUGUCAGCGCUGGCCCGUGUGUCUGUCCGUACCUGAACUGGAGCAAACAAUGGUAAACAUGGAUGCAUGACAGUGAGAUGUUUUGCACUAUUUUGACUUUUUUGGGCUCUGUAAAAUAAUUUUAUUAUAACACAUUAAAAAGAAAAGCACACCCAGCCGCCGCGUCCGCCUCCCAAAGCGUAUCCCGCUGAGCGCCGUGGCACACGCGCCCAUGCCCCCGCCGGCCGAGUGACCCAGCCCAGCAACAGAGUUUGCCUCGUCACUCUCAAGCUGUAGAGACUCAGG